GCUCAAAGUCGAAGAUCACUGAGAACUUGACUCUCCGACUUCUAUUUCCUCCUUGAAAACUUGGGGCGGGAACAACAACAACACUGCACUUCUGCGGCUUCUGACUGGUACACUCCUUCUCGUGUGGAGAGGAUGGAGAACGAGGAGCAACCAGAGGAUCAUCAGCCACUGCAGAAGGAAAGUGAAAGAUUCAGACUUCACAUGGUGACGUGGAACGUGGCGACGGCUGAUCCUCCUGAUGAUGUGGCCUCACUUCUCCAUUUGAACUCACCAAAGACUCUUGACCUCUAUGUCAUAGGGUUGCAGGAAGUGUACUCAGGACCAGUGAGGUUUGUGUCGGAUAUGAUAUUUGACGACCCAUGGAGUCAGCUGUUUAUUUCCGCACUAGCUCCAUUGAAUUACGUCAAGCUGUCAUCAAUAAGAAUGCAGGGUCUGCUGCUGCUCUUCUUCUCCAAACUGGAGCACGUCCCCUUCAUCAGAGACAUCCAGGCCACCUACACCCGCACCGGCAUAUUUGGUUACUGGGGUAACAAAGGCGGUGUGUCGGUUCGCCUGUCUUUUUAUGGACACAUGCUCUGCUUCCUCAACUGCCACCUGGCUGCUCAUAUGAAGUAUGCAAAUGAAAGGGUGGAUGAGUUUGAGCACAUCAUGGACACACAGACCUUCGAUUGCAAGAAAGCUCCAAGAAUAUUUGACCACAGGCUAGUAUUCUGGUUCGGAGAUCUCAACUUCAGGAUCCAGGACCAUGGCAUGCACUUUGUCCGCUCGUGUAUCAACAACCAAACCUACAACCUGCUGUGGAGUCAUGACCAGCUGAUCAUGCUGAAGAAAAAGGAGCAGCUGCUGCAGGAGUUUGAAGAAGGACCACUGGACUUUCAGCCCACAUACAAAUUUGAUUUGAACUCAGAUACCUAUGACAGCAGAUUCUACACAACAUGGUUUGGCUUUAACGGUAAGAAACGAAAACCUGCCUGGACCGACCGGAUUUUGUGGCGGGUCCGACCCAAAUCCCAAUCCAGUGACGAGCAAGAUGAAAACGAUGUAAAGGAGAGGAAUCAACUGAAAGAGGAAGAGGAGUAUCCUCUGAAGGUCCGGCAGGACUUGUACACCAGCAAAAUGGAGUACAGCAUCAGUGAUCACAAACCUGUGAUCGGCAUCUUCACCCUGGAGCUGACAAAGAUGCACCAGACUCCUCUGGUGAGUCUACAUGCAGAAGGCGACUGGAGUGCGGACAUUGACUCCAUUGUUCUCUACAACCCCCUGCAGCCCUUCCAAUCCAGUACUUGGGACUGGAUCGGACUCUACAAGGUUGGAUUCAGCAGCGUGUCGGACUACAUCACCUACACGUGGGUCAAAGACGAUGAAGUGGCCUUUAACGACAAAGUGAUGCAGGUGUUCAUGAGUAAAGAGGAAAUCCCGGUUAGGGGGGGAGAGUGUGUCCUGUGCUACUAUAGCAGCAACCUGCAGUGUAUCGUUGGAAUUAGUGAACCAUUUAAGGUCCAAGAGUCCAAGGUAGCUGUGGCAGAAGGCUUGUUUCCUGAGAGGAUCAAUGAACUGGACAGAAUAGCAAGAAGUGAAGAGUUUUGAAGCAAAUCGCUCCCAUAUGUGGAACAACUGAUCUGACUGUAACUGAUUCGGUUUCUUGACCUCCAGCUCAGAGUUUAAAUUAGGAAUCUCAUCCCGACUGACCCCAACACCUCUGUAGUUGGUACAUUUUUCUGGAAUGAGUGGUCUUCUGGUAGACAGAGCGACUGCUGCAGUAUUACCUGGCUAAUGUCCAAUAGCUUAUAGAUGUAAAGACGAAGGAUAUUGGAGAAUUUCCUUAAGACCAGCUCAGGGAUGCAGGAACCAUGGCACCUUUUCUGCUUAAAAUAUAGCUCUGUUAGAAGACAGCAACCCUCCAGUAAACUGUCAGCGUGGAAAAGGGAAUUGGGAAGCAAACUGUUCUCUUUCCAUGCUAUCUUAAUUACACCAUUUUUGAUGUAAACACUUUUCACAUUUUCAGUAACUACGUACAGUAUAUGCUUUUUCUGAGAGCCAGUCUGUGCUUGUGCAAAGCACUGAUUCCUCAUUUUACAGCAUUUUCUCUCAUUGAAAAUAACCUUAAAAAAAGAGAUUCUUUUGUUAAAUUAUAAAGUGUGCAGAAAGUGUGAAACGUUUAGAAAAAUGAGAAGUUUUUGUUCUGGAAUGCUUCUCUAUCUGUGUACUGUCAUGAAAAAAAUCACUGCUGUUGUGUGAAAGCUAGAUGUGAUUGUGAUUUUAAAUUAUUUGUGAUUAUGGAUAUUGUUGUAGAGACAAGCUGCUGUACAAAGACAAACGACAAUUUGACAGUUUGGAUUUUAAAGCUCUCCAGUUGUACACUGAGAACUGAACUGCUGUUUUAUUAGUUGGAUCCGUUUCCAAUGACUACAAGUCAGCUUUGCAACUUCAGCCCACAGGAGUUUUAAAGAAAAUAAUGAAAUCAUUCCCUUUUAAUGUAGAUUGUGGCAUCACUGUAAACUUAAUGAACAUUUUUGACCUGUUAAUGUUGUUAAACAUUUAUAUAUAUUUAAAAUUUGUCAUUAUUAUUAUUAUUCAGUAUAUGUUUUGUGGCAAAUUCAUCAAGUGCCUUUAAAGCUAUUGUCUAAACUGAACUGUAUGCUGCUUGCCGUAACUUUGACCUCUUCAUCACCAGUUCCUUAUGUUUAAUCUUUUGACAUCUUUACUGCUUAUUUUUUCAGAUCUCAGUUUGAUCUUUCUGUUAAACUUAGAGCCACAUCUCGGCUCUCUGGAACUUUUUUUGCUGUUGACUUAUUUUGUCAGCUGCUUCUUUGCGAAUGUACUGUAAAAAAAAAAAAAAAAAACUUUU